GAAUGUUGUUCAUUCAUUCAUUCGUAAAGAAAACAGCAAAGAGCAAACAACAUUUAAAGUUUUAAAAUAUUUUUUAAAAACUUUAAUACUUCCAAUAACAAUUAUCGGGUUUUUGGGUGAAUUCUCUAUAUCAUAAAAAGGAGCAGCGGAAGUGUCAUAUCGCAAUAUUCACACACACAAAAAUUAAUUGAUAUAUUCAAGAGAAGCAAUUUUGCAAAAAAAAAAAGAAAAACCAAAAGAAUAUUUAGCAGAAAAGGGUCCUGUGAGAGUGCGAGAGCAAGUAGUGUCAAAAGCAGUGUUGAAAAGUGUGAGAACAAAAAAAUCCAUACGUCACUUUGAACUGAAGAAUUCGAAUUUUUUCUUAUUCUUGUACCACACAUACAUAAGUCCUCGUCCUUCGUCCCAUAUCCUUUGCAAUCAAAAAUGGAUUUUAAUUUUGCCGAUAUCAAAAAGGAAACCUCAUCAGCAGUCGAGGACAUCUUUGACCGUGCCGAUGAAACAAAGAAACAUGCCCAGGACAUUCUGGGCAAUUUUGGAGAGACUUUGGACAACAAAGUCCUCGGAGGUGGUGGCCAAAAAGCCUUAGAUGCUGAUCCCUUGGACCCACAAGCUUUUGUGCAACGUAUGUCGGCUGGUGCCAAAGAGGCCCAGGAACAAUUGGAUGCCAAGUUCUCUAAGAACACCAAUGAUUUAGAAGACUUCCUGGGCCAGGGCGUAAACAGUGCAAAACAAGGUGUGGCUUCUACAACCAUCGAUUUCAUGAAUGCUGAACGUGGCUUUAAAGCCGGGGCUGGUGAUGCGGCCAAGGACUUUGAGAAAAAGGCUUCUCAGGCUGUUGAUGAUAUAUUCGGGCAUUUUAGCAGCAGCGAUAACAACUUUAAACCCACAGCGCCCAUUGAGGGUGUAGCAACAUCCGCUUUCAAUCAGUUUGACGAUUUCGAUGAUGAUGAGCCCGCACCGGCAAUGACAACCUUUGGAAAAACUGCAACAACAACUGCAUCAGCUGUUGCUUCCAACAAGGACUCCGACAAUGAUUCGCCUUCCAUUUCAUGUAAUCCAUCGCCGGCCAAGAAGCUACCGGCCACAGAUGCUCUCAAAGAGCAGGACAAUGAGAAAUUCAUCUCAAGCGAAGACCUCUUGGGUGACUUUAAAGAUGAGCGCACAGCUACUCCAGAUUCUCAAGCUUCCGCGGCCAAUAAUUUCACAGCUCCAUUGGCUAAACUUCAAGACCCCAAAACCACUGACUUGGAUGCUGAUGACUUUGAUGAUGAUUUUGUUCAGGCUGAAAUUCCCAAACCGGCAGAAGAACACAAAUUUGCAGCAGCAGCACCACCACAUAUUGAACCAGCAGCAGCGGUGGCUAAACCAGCUCCGUUUAUACCGGAACCGGUAAAAGAACAGCAACCAGCUGCUGCCGUUAAAGAGACAAAGAAGGAAACGCCAGCAGCGCCUGCACCCACACCCGCACCCGCUCCAGUUAUGAAACCAUCGGCGCCUAAGCCAGCAACUACGAUUACAACACAACAACCGAACAUAGUAUCUGUCGAGGAUAUAUUCUAUAAAUAUGGUUUGGACGCUUGGUUUAAGCCGGAACGCCUACAUCCUCGAGUGGAGUCCCUCAUCUACUGGCGCGAUGUGAAAAAAUCUGGUAUUGUUUUUGGUGCUGGUCUUGUAACCCUCUUGGCCAUCUCAUGCUUUUCCGUCAUCAGUGUAUUCGCCUAUUUGUCACUUUUACUGUUGGCCGGCACAAUUGCAUUCAGAAUCUACAAAUCGGUAAUGCAGGCUAUUCAAAAGACCUCAGAUGGACAUCCCUUCAAAGAAUACUUGGAUAUUGAUUUGACUUUGUCGCAAGAGAAAAUUCAAAACAUUGCCGGUGUUGCUGUGGCCCACAUAAAUGGUUUCACCGCUGAAUUGAGAAGAUUAUUCUUGGUUGAAGACUUGGUCGAUUCUAUCAAAUUCGGUGUUAUUUUGUGGGUAAUGACCUACAUUGGAGCAUGGUUCAAUGGCAUGACAUUGGUUAUUUUGGCCUUUGUCUCCUUGUUCACAUUGCCCAAGGUCUAUGAAAACAACAAACAGUCCAUCGACACUUAUUUGGAUCUGGCCAGAAGCAAAGUAGCUGAAGUUACCGAAAAGAUUAAAGCAGCCAUUCCCAUUGGCAACAAGAAGCCAAUUGCUGACGAAACAGAUAAGGACAAAUAAAUUAAAAAUUGAAAACAAAAACAUAAAGGAAACGCAACCAUUAUUUAAUGAAAUAAAUUUGUAUUAACAUCGUUAGAAGUAAACAAACGCAAAUUUUUACCCAAUUGCAAUUACUUUUUGUGUUUAUAAGAUCAAAUCCAAAUUAAUUUAUGUAAACAAACAACAACUUAUAUUAAAAAAAACGAAAACAAAAUCAAGAGAAAAGAACAAAAAGCAAAUCAAUAAGAGAACACACAUUCAAACACACACCAUUUUUAAAGGAACUAAAAAUUUUUCAACUUUCAAAAUAAGAAAACGUAACAAACGGAAAACCAACAAACAAUCCAAAUACCAUUAGAAUGAAACGAACGACAGAGUUGUUAUAUAUUUCUGAAUUCUUGUUCUUUUUAUAUAUUUAUAAUUUUUUCAAAAAUUGUACACACACACAUACUUUUUUUUAAAUCAAUAGUAACUAUUCAUAAUAUGAUGAUGUAUUUUUU